GCCUGACGAGGAAGGAUGCACACUCGUCCUUGCCAGGCCCGGCCAGCACUUCCAGGCCGGCGAGCUGCGGCAGCUGUCUUACCCCGGGUAUAUAAGGCCACACGCCUCCUGGAGCUGCACACACUCUCAGUCCACUGGUCAGUGACCGACGAGCCUCCCAAAGCUUCUCCUACAGCUCAACGCUCCCUCCAGCAGUUCAAGAUGAACUUCCUCCGCGUCGUGGCAGUACUUGUGGCGGUGCUGGUCGCCGUGGCCUCCGUCACCGAGGCGUCGCCCUUCUUCGGCCGCCGCGGCGGUGGUCGUGGCGGCCGUCGUGGUGGUGGCGGCUCAAACGGCGUCAACGGCAUCAUCGGGGAUGCGUACUCCGAUGUCGGACGAAACAUCUUCCCCGCCUACCCCAACCCCCUGGGCUUCGUGGGAUAGGCAGUGAUGACGAGCCUGCCGCAUCAUCAGCAGCGGCAGCAGCAAGAGGACGCAUCAAGGACAAGAACAAGAACGCAGUGCCGCGCGCUGCCGCCGUCGGCGCCGUCGGUCGGCGGCCGGACGCCAGGCCGUGCCGGGAAGUGGACGCCGCCGCGUCCCGGCCACCAGCAGGCCGCCACAUACCUCGUCGCCGCGACGAGCGUCAGUGGCGCCCACGUGCAGCAGCGACAAGGCUGCAGCAACAAGUCUUAUUUAUCGAGGCGAGAAGUGUUACAAAGUCGGGAGAAAAGUCCGCAGGUUGUCUCCCCCAAAGUGUGAGGCUGUUAGUGUGUUUUGUGGUGAAUCAGAGAAGUCGCUGCGUGCGAGUCUCGAGCUCAUCCGCUGAUGAUAGUGUAGAGCUGAGACGACAUCAGCUGACAUUGUGGCGCCGGCCAGAGGCGGCUCCGGAGGGGGUCAGCGUGACUCUGGCCAGCGAGGUGUUAUCAUCUGGGAACAAACAACGUUUUGUCUUGUUCCAGUGGUCACCGGGGCAAGUUGAUUUGGUAUGUUUGGUAGCAAAGAUUUCGCUUGUGUUUAUGGAUAAAUGACAGAUUUUGUUCUAGCUUAGUUAGCAGCCAAGUUGCUCCUACUGCAUCAUUAUCAGUGAAGAUUUUUCAUCACUUGUGAGGAAAAUGUUACUGUAAACCAUAUCUUAUUUUUCUUUUGUUCAUUCAAUGUAAGGUAAAUUAGAUUAUAUAACUGCGUCUUCUUUAGAUGUCUCUUUUUGUGCACCAUGACAAAUUAUAUGAACAAUUCGCA